AUGCACGCCCUCCCGUCCCAGCCUCACCCCGCUUUGAACCAGGCACCAAUGUCGUUAUCACACGUCUGCCGAGACUGGCGAAAUGCAGUCCUUUCCCUUCCGCAGGCAUGGCAAGAGCUCUUCCUUGAAAUCCAUGUUACUUUCUUUCGUGGAGGACAUCUACAUCGCAUGACCGGGACCUGGUUUAACAGAGCAAAGAGCCUCCCGUUAUCUCUUUUCCUCCACAUCAAUCACGAAGGCAUCCCCAAAGACGGCCUCGACUCUUUCGAUGAAUCCGUUCGCGAUUUCAUUCGUGAUCUAAGCAGUGCUUUCUUAUCCCAAGUUCGACACCUUGGCCUGAGUGCGGAUCAAGUCCUGCACUAUGUUCCGUUUUUCCAGGAGCCAAUCAUAUUUCCGACCCUCAAAUUGCAGAGUCUGACGCUGAACAUGAACAGACCUAUCUCGCCUUCGGAUUAUUCUUCGUACCUCAACGAUUCUAGCGACGAGUCAGACGAUAUCUUCGUAUUCGAAACCCUACUUGGUCUCCAACGGCUCUCGCUCGACGAUCCGAUCACGUUCCGCGGGUUUGGAAGAAGGAUGUUUCCGUGGCCCCAACUGACCGAUCUCUGCCUCAUGCGGUGGAUAUCUCUCACGUCUUGGAGUAGUCUCCUCAAGCGGUGCCCGCUACUUCAAACAGGAACCUUCCAUCUGAGCUACGAAACCGAUGAUGCCGACGAGGAGAGCGAGGACGGUCCUGAUGAUAAAACAAAGCCAGUCCACUCUCACCUAGAGGAUCUUCGUGUUUUCAUCCACGAUAUGAACAUGGACGUCAUGCGAUGCUUUCAAACUUGCCGGUUCCCCAGCCUUCGACGGCUUCACGUAUCUCACGACCACGAGUUCGUCGACAUCGACAGGACGCGCAAACCAGUCGGAUAUUUCCCGGAUGAAUUCGCCUCCCUGAAAACCUUGUCUGUUGAAGGCGAUUGGUCUGAAUCCGUCCAGGUUUUAUACGAACUAUUUCUUACUGCGGAUUCCGUCACACAACUCGCCGUUAAGAUUUCUCUCGAUGCUCUGAAUCUUCUAGAGAUCAUGACUCACAAGAAGGAUGACGACUAUGACGACGGGCUUCGCGAUCGUGAAUAUUGGGAAACCCCUACAGGGCCUCGGUUUAAUUUGCCAAAUCUUCUUUCGCUGACACUCGUCAUUGGACACGUUACGGAUCAUGAAACCCCAAAAUUGCUCCGGUCGAUUCAAAAAAUGCUGGAAUCUCGCAUGGCAGAACACCUCAAACCAUCCCAGCGCCUCAAAAAAUUCCGCAUUUUGUUCAGUCCACCCAACGACGCAAUCUCGGACAAAGUUCGCUCCCUUCUUCAAAGCUAUCUUCAUGUGGGAUUUGACUUCGAAGUCGGCGGUCAUCUUCCACCGCACACGGGCAUUGUUUCCCUUGACGAAUGGAAGUACGGCGUUCAGGGAAGGAUGGCGAUGAAAAAGUUAGCGCACGCUGAACAGAAAGCAAGACGGUUUACGAAUGUGACGAGCGAUCCUUCUCUACUCUUGCUCCUCAAUAUUCCGGAAUAUUACCCGUAG